AUGCUAACCGAUAAACAAAUUUUCACUAUAGUCAUAUUCACCGCGUUCGCAAAUGACGAUUUUCUAACCUCAGUUAGACAUUUUUGGGAAAACCCCUGGAUAGCUGGAGUUAUCAUAACAGUAAUAAUUUGGUUAAUUAUAUUGUUAGUUCCGUCAUGUAUCUUGAUCAAAAUAAUUAAUGCAUGUGGAUUUGGUGUUAAAGGUAUUAAAAAAAAAACAUACGCUUCCAGUUAUAUGUCAUCGUAUAAUGGUGAUGUUCCAAAAAAAAGUUGUCUUUCGAAACUUCAAUCAAUUGGAGCCGCUGGUUUAGGAGUUCCUGGUAAUUUUUGUUGCAUAGUUAUUGUCAUAACUAUUUAUGUAAUUUUUGGAUUUCUUAGUGUUGAUUUGGCAUCUGUUGGAUUUCUCCUUGGUACUAAAUUGGUAGAUUUGCUCGGUCGACUGCAAUUAAAUCCAACCGAAAAGCAAUACUUUGAAAGGUUUAUUCAAAUAGAAGAAUCCACUUUAAAUGAUCAUAAUAUGAUGAUAUUUACCCUAAUGCCAGCCUUGUUAUAUAAUGAUUUAAUGUUAAAAUGCUUCAUUGAAACAUUUAUGACUAGUUCAUCUUUUGCUGAUUCUAAAUUAUAUAGAUUUAAUUUUAAAGAUUACAAUUUAACAGAAGAAGAAACGAUGAACAAUACAGUUUAUAACUCGUUAAUUGGCAAAUAUGAAAGGCCUAGGGUGAAAUUUAUUUUGAAAGGGGAUUAUAUGAUUGGAUAUGAUUUGGAUCUUAAUAAUUAUCCUAUAAAGUCAUUUAAAUGGUUGAGGGAAAUUUGGAAACUAAUAAAUGUUGGUAACCCGUCUUGCAAACUUGAGAAAGUAAAUUUCGGGUAA